GUGGAAUCAACCAGGACUUCCUGGAAACCUGCUUCAUGUGUUGCCCCUUUAACUCUUCAUUUCCUUUUCUUUUUCAAGAUGAAUGAUUUUGGAAUCAAGAAUAUGGACCAGGUGGCCCCGGUGGCUAACAGUUUUCGAGGGACGCUCAAGCGCCAGCCGGCCUUCGACACCUUUGAUGGGUCCCUAUUUGCGGUUUUCCCCUCUCUAAAUGAAGAGCAAACGCUCCAAGAAGUGCCCACAGGCUUGGAUUCUAUUUCUCAUGACUCGGCCAGCUGCUUCGAGCUGCCUCUGCUGACGCCCUGCAGCAAGGCGGUGAUGAGUCAGGCCCUAACAGCCACCUUCAGCGGCUUCCAGAAGGAGCGUCGGCGUCUUGGCAUUCCAAAGAACCCCUGGCUGUGGAGCGAGCGGCAGGUGUGCCAGUGGCUCCUGUGGGCCACCAGCGAGUUCAGCCUGGUGAACGUGAACCUGCAGAGGCUCGGCAUGAGCGGCCAGGUGCUGUGCAACCUUGGCAAGGAGCGUUUCCUGGAGCUGGCCCCGGACUUUGUGGGCGACAUUCUCUGGGAGCACCUGGAGCAGAUGAUCAAAGAAACCCAAGAAAAGACAGAAGAUCAGUAUGAAGAAAAUUCACACCUCAAUUCAGUUCCUCACUGGAUUAACAGCAACACCUUAGGUUUCGGCGUGGAGCAGGCUCCGUUCUCAGUGCAGACGCAGAAUUACCCCAAAGGCGGCCUCCUGGACAGCGCGUGUCCCUCGUCUGUGGCUCCCGGCGUGCUCAGUUCCGAGCAGGACUUCCAGAUGUUCCCCAAGUCGCAGCUCAACACCGUCAGUGUCAACUACUGUCCUGUGGGUCAGGACUUCCCCGGCUCCAACUUGAAUCUGCUCGCCAGCAGCUCUGGGAAGCCCGAGGACCGCGACUCCCCCGAGACGGGCGCGGACAGCUUCGAGAGCGCGGACUCGCUGCUGCGGUCCUGGAGCAGCCAGUCCUCCCUGCUGGACGUGCAGCGGGUGCCUUCCUUCGAGAGCUUCGAGGACGACUGCAGCCAGUCUCUCUGCCUCAGCAAGCCGACCAUGUCCUUCAAGGACUACAUCCAGGAGAGGAGCGACCCGGCCGAGCAGGGCAAGCCGGUCAUACCUGCCGCCGUCCUGGCCGGCUUCACAGGAAGCGGGCCCAUCCAGCUGUGGCAGUUCCUCCUGGAGCUGCUUUCCGACAAGUCUUGCCAGUCCUUCAUCAGCUGGACCGGGGACGGCUGGGAGUUCAAGCUUGCGGACCCGGAUGAGGUGGCCCGCCGGUGGGGGAAGAGGAAAAAUAAGCCCAAGAUGAACUACGAGAAGCUGAGCCGAGGCCUACGCUACUACUACGACAAGAACAUCAUCCACAAGACGUCGGGCAAGCGCUACGUGUACCGCUUCGUGUGUGACCUCCAGAACCUGCUGGGGUUCACGCCCGAGGAACUGCACGCCAUCCUGGGCGUCCAGCCGGACACAGAGGACUGAGGUCUCUGGCGCCGCCCUGAGCCACCCCGGGCCUGGGACUGUGAGCGGGAAGCCCAGCCUGACCAGCUGAUCCCCAGACCCGGAAAGGCAAGGUUGAACCUGUCCCUGUCCAGAAAGGUCACCGGGAAGCCGUGGCCUUAUUUGAUCCCAGAUCCUGCCUGUUCAGCAGGGUGCCCCUGGUGGCCGAGUGGCCCGCAGCUGGGCAGGAGCGACUUUAAUGAACGUGGUGGAGAUGGAGGCGCAGGGGCCAUCCGCCUGGCCAUGUGGCAGGGAGUCUGUUCAGGAUCCCCCAGGGAGCGAGCGGGUGUGGAAACACGGACAUUGAGUGGUGUUUUGGCCUGUUGCAACCGGAGCAGGGACCCUCUCUGUCAGAGAGGGCUGGGAGGGAGGGAGCCUGGGACCACGCCAUUUCAGAAGACAGUUUGUGUAUAUUAUUGUAAUCUUAUAAUUGUUAUCAAAAUCUAACAGUUCUAUUUAACAGAAAUUGUAUAUUGUAAUUUAAAAUAAUUAUAUGACUGUAUUUGAGAUAAGAAUGCAGACAUCCAAUAUUUUAUUCCAUUUUUUCAAUAGCACAUGCGUCUGGCAUUUUACAAAGACGCUCUCUGCCCCCGUGGCAGACGGAGGUGUUGUGAGUGUGGAUUACGUUCAUCUGAUAGACCUACAGGAACAAGGUCUCAGGGGUAAUCCCUGGUUUUCGUCCUCUUAUUGUUGGUUUUUUGUUUUGGUUUUGCCAUGAUGACUAUCUUGGCAAGGACUUUGUACACUUGGAUUUUUAUAAGAAACUUCAUGUCAUUAUCCUGGGGUACAUGGACCUCUCUGCUUUUUCCUUGAAUUGUAAAGCAAAAGCUACAAAGCAGUAUUUUUCUUGACAAAUGGCAUAUGUUUUCCACUUCUGUGCAUGCCUUAAAGCCGUUUAUACACAAAUGUAUUUUAUUUUUUGGUGUAACCGUGUUUUCCCGACAGCUCACCUCUCCUGGCCAAACUUUUCCUUCCUGUGCCCCGAGUGACUCUGUGUGAUUAAAAUAAGAAAACUAUUUUUGGAAAUAUGCGAAUCCUUUUCAGAGACCAGGAGGGAUUUAUGUAGCAGCUAUUUUUACUACAAAAGUAAUUCACUGGGAAAAAAAAAAAAAGUAAUUUGUACGAAAGCUUUAUUUUUAUCUCAGCUCUGUGUCCUGUAUUGUGCAGAGCUGAAGGGCUGGGUGGGUGGGAGGGGCUUCUGUACCGCGACGCAUGGCUGCACCAAGGUGGUCGCCUGCCGUGCCUGGGGCCAUCUGGAUAGUAUGCUUUCCUUUUCUGCUCAGCGUCCUCAGCAAGAUCGUCUCCUCUUUCUUUAUUAUUUUCUUGGGUGAGGAAUACCCAGAAGCACCAAGAGGGUCCGCAGACAGAGAAGAACGCCCUGGAGUGGAUCGUUGGAGGAAAAUGUUUCGAUUCCCGCCAAGACCUGAGGACACAUAGUCCACCAUGUAGUCCUGGCCUUUGCCAGUGAUCCAGCCACGUUGACUUCACAGUCGGAGGGACUUUCCUAGCAGCGUGGCCCUGGAUCCCUGAGGCUGAAUGAAAUCACGGCACAGGCACCCGCGAGCCGGGGCCAGCGGAGCCAGCCUGUGGCGGCCCAGCCAACCUGCUCAGAAGAGAUGGUUUUCAGGACACUGGCGUACCGGAUGUUUUUUCAAGUGGGACCUAUUUGUCACUGGAACAUCUGUUUAUAAUAUAAACAGACAUGACUGGGAACAUCUUGCUGCCGAAAGAAAGCAAGCGUAGCCAUCGGCUGAUUUGAAUGAGGUGGAGCUACGAGCCACGGCCAGUUUCAGGCUGGUUCUGACCAGCAGAGACGGCAGUUUCUUGUGGUUCAGCCUCAAGUGAUGGAAGCAAGUCCCGAGAAGCCUUUGGCAUGGUAAUGAAUGAAUGUUGAGUAUAAAAGUUUUGUAAUUUGGCUUUUUCUCUCUCAAGUAAUAAAGUCUUUGGUUUCUGUAAA